UUUUUAUAUGACGUCGCCGUGUCGUCGCCGCUACCUUGACGUCUGCCCUCCCAUUCACUCCUAUUCAAAAUUCGACACGUUGAGGCGGCGACGUUAGGGUCGACUGCUCCUUCUCCUUCUCCAUGUGAGGCUGAGAAGUGGCACUAUCCACUCGCCAUACCCCUCUGCUUAUACUUACCCCCGCCCCUCUUACCCUCUUCAUCGUCUCUCUUCUGCCUCUUGCUUCACACUUCGCUCACACACACCCGUGUCUCUCUUUCUCACACACAUACACACACACACACACGCUCCUCCCGCCGCCCGUGUUCGCGUUCACACUUCCACGCGUGUUUCACUGAGCGCCGCCGCUGGAAACAAUGGGAACGGAGGUGCUUUGUGUCGGACAGAGACUGACGCGCUUCACUGUGUUUGUUUAGGACUUUAUGCUGAAAGACUCAUAUAUUCAGGAUCUCAUUAUCUCCCUUUAACACAAUGGGCUGCUGCAGCGGACGGUGCACCCUUAUAUUUCUGUGCACGUUUCAGUUGAUGGUGGCGUUAGAGAGGCAGGUCUUCGAUUUCUUGGGGUAUCAGUGGGCUCCCAUCCUUGCCAACUUUUUCCACAUCCUAGUGGUCAUCCUGGGCCUGUUCGGCACCAUUCAGUACAGACCUCGCUACAUUGUGGUGUAUACAGUGUGGACGGCGCUGUGGGUUGCCUGGAACGUCUUUAUUAUCUGCUUCUACCUGGAGGUUGGAGGUCUUUCAAAGGACAGCGACCUCCUGACCUUCAACAUCUCUGCGCAUCACUCCUGGUGGAGCGAGCAUGGGCCGGGCUGCAUCCGAAGAGAGAUCCCGGCCAGCGGAGAGCGCGGAGCUGACACACAGUCCUACAUCUCCAUCAUGGGCUGCCUGCUGGAGUACCAGUACAUAGAAGUGCUGCACAGCGGCUGCCAGAUCCUCAUCUCUUUGCUGGGCUUCAUCUACGCCUGCUACGUCAUCAGUGUCAUCACAGAGGAGGAGGACAGCUUUGAUUUUAUUGGUGGAUUUGACCCAUUCCCACUCUACCAUGUCAAUGAGAAACCAUCUCAUCUUCUGUUAAAGCCUGUGCCUCAGUCUUCGUAAAUGAACGAGUGUGAUGAAGAGGAUCUACUCUUGGCCAUUCCUCCUCUCUGUUUCUCUCUGUUCCUCUGUUUAAAACACUGUCUCAAUCAGCCCUUUCUGCUUUAGAGAUAAUUGGAGGAGCGGCUCCCUGAUUUCCACCUCUGGACAAAACACAGCCGCUCAACACACUCUUCCACAGUGGCUGUAAAGCAUAUCUAAACAGAAAGCUCUUGUGUUUUGAAGGGUUUUGUGUGUGUGUGGUCCAUGCUUUUGAGUUUGUUCAUAUGUUGAGGUUCACUGAGUUCCAGCUCUGUAUGUGUGUGUGAGGUCAUUUUGUGGUGUUUACCUUCACUCAGAAUUUGCACAAUAAAAACGGAGAGAGCUGAGAGGAGGAAAGUGGGCGCGGAGCAUAAAUAUAAAACAAAGUGAGACGACUUCUUGUGAUAGUCAAAAAUAGAAUCAAGGAAGUGUUAAAUAUAAACUUGAGAAAGACUUAGAGCUUUCUGGAAGUCGUUUUGUGUUGUGGCGUGAGGAUGGAUUAGCUGUGGUUCCAUCCUAAUUUAAAGGAACACUCCACUUUUUUGGAAAUAGGCUCAUUUUACAACUCCUCUACAGUUACAGAGUUUUACCUUUUUUUAAUCCAUUCAGAUGAUCUUUGGGUCUCAGGGGAGCACGUUUAGCUUAGCAUAAUUCAUUGAAUCAGAUUAGACCAUUAGCAUCUAGUAAAAAAAGUUCAUAAAGUUUUCAUAAUUUUUCUCAUAUUCCUGGGCAAUGAUAUUGUACAGCAUCUGAAAACAGUUCUGAAUCAUCUCACAUCACCACGAUUGCAAGAACGUUUCGAUUCAGAUUUAUUUUUUAGAUGCUGAGUAAUAUAAUUGCACCUGCCACAGCAAAGUUCCAUGAAUAUCAUGCCAGAAUGAGCGCAUAGUUUCUUGACAUAUCAGCCCAGAAAAAUUCUCAUUGGUCUCAGUACACAAUGUAACUACAGAAGCUUUAAAUAGGAAAUUUGUCAAAAGUCUUUAGUCAUAUUUGAAUGAGAUGCUAAUGGUCUAAUCCGAUUCCAUGAUCUAUGCUAAGCUAAGCUAAAAGUGCUCCUGCCAGACUCGGAGAUCGGCUGAAUGGAUUCAAAACUGGUAGAACUCAUCUGUUUAACUUUGGGUGACUUGUAAAAUAAAUCUAUUUCCAAAAUAAAAGUGGAGUUUUCCUUUAAUUUGUUUGAAAAAUUGGAAUCCCACAAAAUAUUUAGCAAAUAAAGCUUUGUUUCAGUUCCAUGUGUUGAGAACAAAAUAAUUAAGCCCCUGUAAACUGGUGCAAUAAAUAAUAAAUGUAAGUCGCUGCAA